AUGGAACUCAUUGAAGAUGCUCAAAAUGCUAUUCAAAAGGCGCAGGAUGUCGUGAACACUACAGUUAAUGGACAUUCAGACGAAACCAGACAAUUAAGUUAUCUUACAAACAUCCACUGCCUCCGAUUCUUGUACAGAGAAAAUCUUACCAAUCUCAAUAAGAGCAUCCAGAUUACACGACGUGUCAUCGAUAGCGCAUCUGUUGCUGGCCAGGAUACAUCGACUUACUCGAGUAAUCUGACGAUACAUUUGAACGAACGGUUCUUGGAGCUCAGAGACCUGAACGACCUUGAGGAGAGCAUCUAA